CUCAAGUGCGCCUAAUUCGUUUGAAUUAAGCCGUCGAUGUGGCAUAUGAUCUAUUAAAUCUCCAUCAUGCACAGUUGGUAAAUCGCUUAGGCAGCAAGCCCACACGCCAGCGCGCAUAGUUUCGGCGAAGUGGCACACCAUUGUUUUGCAUCGUGCCCGUAAUGAGCGCAAUGACCGCGCGCCGAUAUUAAUAUUGUGUAAAAAUAAUGAGCAUAAAUAUAAUUUGGUUUACGGGGUGUAAAAGCUGGGUCAAUAAUCUCGCCUUUGGCCUUUCGCUUUGAAUUGGCCCGAUAAGAACGUUUGCGAUAUUAUAAUUGCGACAAUCGGGCAACCGAACAAGUGCCAUGACACUCGUAGUUAAUAUUCAGUGUUGGGCCUGUACAAGACCGCGUUGUUUGACUUAGUCAUAAGCCGUGAACGAUUUCAUAAAGAUUACAAAAUGAAGCCGAAUCGCAAAGUAACCACUGAUUAGCGAACAAAGCCCCCCCGUGAUAUGACAAAUUACCGCCGUUAUAUUGGAGGAAAGUCGGGCCCUCUCUGCCAUGGUUGGUCUUAGCUGAACACCGGUGUACGGCUUCUUUGUAUCAAUUUAGUAAUGUGAGAAGCCGAUGGUUCGUCACCCGCGCCCAGACGUGAUAAUCACAGGAAACGUGCGAGGAGACUGGAGGAGGCUGUGUUGUUUUUGAUGUGAACAUGCUGAUUAUUAAAUCUAUGUAACAUUAACGAGCCGAACUAUUUAGGCUAAUGGAAAUAUCGGCUUCAUAAUUUUCCCCGGACUCCGAAUGUCCGUGAAAAAUUGUGGUGCAAAAUAUGCGCGCUUCAAAAAAAACAUGUCCCCGAUCUGUGCGGAAGUUUCCGUAAAUUUGGAACAAAAAACGAUUGCUUUCGAAGAAAGUUGGAAUUCUAAUUAGAAUUCGAACAUUCAUGCAAUUGGAAUUCCAAAAAAGUAAUGUAUCAAGGCUGGGGUUCGAUCUAGAAUUCCACCUUGUCUCUACUAUUUUAUGUGCGAGAACUUUGCAGAAACACAAAUCAUUCGCAAGUUUUUGUAAAUUCCUUUUUAGAGGUCAUGUCUUUCUCAGUUUUAAGAAAACUUGCCUAAGGCUCUGGUUUAAAAUAGUAAAAUGCCGGAUAUUCAUAAAAAAAUGUAAGGUGAUGACUAUUUCUAAAAUUAUUACUAUUUCCUCGCAUCUCUUCAUGGUAGCUACUGUUAUUUGAUGCAUUGGGCAGUAGGAUAGACAAAAUAUGUGUUUGAGUGACAUGGGAAAGGUAACUUCAGACAUUUUUUCUUCAUUUAUUUAUCCCAUCCUAGACGUGACUUGGUACUAACAUAUUUCCUCCUUGAGCCGGUUGCAAAUAAGCAAUGAAGUUGUCUCCAGAAAGACUACCCCUACUUUGGGGUCAAUAUAAGACAAGAUUGGGGGCUUCAUAGAUGUUUAUCCUCUAUAUAUAACUAUGUAGAUUUCUAUCGAAAAUAAAAAACAGGCACUAAAAGAGCGUUGUUACAAAAAGACGCAGAUUUCAUUUCUGAUAACUUCUAUUUUGUAUAGUAUCAGCCUUGCCCUUGUCUGAAUUCUUUUUUUCUAGUCCCAUAAUAAGUGUAUACCUAAACGUCCGGUAAAGUUAUGACCGUUUUUAAAUAUGUAAAUAUAGUCUGUUCUCUUUGAGUUAUAAGUUCAGUGAAUGUCGACAUUAUUUAUGUUGAGUGUUUUCCCAAGGAAUCCGACUAUUUGUGCAGUGUUAAAAAAAAUUAUCAGGGGGAAGAACGCUUUUUUUGGUCUUAAAGUUGCUUUGCAGCUCAAUAGGACGCCCUUCAACGAGGGCGUCGGUUCCUUGUGGAUAUUGUUACGCGGCAUGUAUUGAUCUCAGAAUGUCAACAGUCUUGAAGGUUUUUGAGAGGAUCAACUUAUCUUCCUUGUAUUCUCAAAGUCUAUAACCUUAAGAGUUUUAUUAAUAUACGCCAUUUCGAAAGAAUAGCUUUGCUGACGUAAUGUGAAGAGAAUUCCAUUCUUUUCACAAUUUAUUUGCCUCACCUGGCAAGAUGGCGUCGCCCAGGACAAAAUAGCGCAUUCUAUCGCCAAGGCCUGGAAAAUAUCGGAGAAAAAUACGCGCGAAAAGUGAUAACAUUGGCAUUUUGCCUUGACCUAAUGAUUAUAAAUGUUUCAAAGAAACUGGCACCCUAUAUCCUGAGAUGGCGUAUAAGGAUAGUGUCUCCAAAUAUUUUGAGCAGUUGGGUUUCGAAAAAAAUGCGCCCAAUAUUUGAAAUUCUGAUACAAGUGUGAAGUGUCAAACUUCUCGCAGGUUAAUCCAGGCCAAACUUUAAAACAUUCUCAGUUGAAAUGGGUAUACCCGGGUUUGAAGCGUGCCAGAUAACAUCGGUUUAAAAUCAAUUCGACCUUUCGAGUGGACCACUUGUGACGUGUCUCUGCCGAUGACUGAUCACGAAUGAUAAGAAAUGGAAACGAAACCAAAUGAGUUUCCCCCAAACGUGGCGGUAUGGUUUGGGAUGUUUUCCGCUGUUGUCCUAGCCCAUAUCAUCCUAAAGUAAUACUUUUUUCUUUCGUCCCAAAAGCUUAUUUCAAACAUUUUUAGAGUAUAAGGAACUAAUUUUCUUCCUUGAUUUCGAAAGGAAGCACAAAGUUGAUAACAAUACAAAAGAUAUAAAAAUUGGCUCGAUCGUUUGCGGAAAUCAUAGAAAAGAUAAAAAUGUAUCAAAUAUUAAUUCGAGCAUGAAAUCGAACAAAAAAUAGAAUUCGAAUUCAUGUGGAACUUGUUGUGUUGUUCGAACGCCAUUUAUUGGCUUUCAUCAAGUCUCCCCGGUGCAUAAUUUACGCAUCAAUUUCGACAGGUAGACAAAACCUUGCAGGCACAACGCCGAUAUGGCGUUAUAUUUGCGGCGAAGCAGUGAAGCUGUUUAAUUUUUUCGGUUUUAUUUCGAAUUAACUUAUACCAACAGGCCUGAAUACAUCCCAUGGUUGCUGAUGAGCUCGGGAAAUCUUUGAGCAAGCCGCGGCUAGUAGGAAGCAUAAUUAGGCAGAAUCGCGUUGACCAAUGGAAGGCAAACAGGGCCAUAGCCGACAAACUAUAAGCUUUAUCACAGCUGCUUUUAAUUAUGUGGAAUCAUCAGCAUGUGUGAAAGUUCGAACCACGUGGAACAGAUCGAACAGUAGCGAGCUGCGCUCUGAUUGGUGCGGUGUUUUGACGUAUUAUCUGCCUCGAUUGAUCGAACUAACACCGCCUCUUUAAGGUCGGCACGCUUUGAACUAGUACCGCCAAAGGCAACUCGCAAAGUUUCAACAAUUCUGACCUAAACGCCCACCAGUCAGAAGCGAUUGCCGAAGAUUCGAUGUGUAUAAGCGCUGUGUUAUUCGGAGGUCUAACAGCCAAUGUUCGGCGGUGGUUCGUCUGGUUAGGACAAACCUCAAUAGACACCGUUAAGAAUAAUAAUCCUGAGCUCCUGAUAAUUCUCUCAUCUCGGCAGUUAACGUGAAGCACUCUCGAUCUUAUGUUUAUAAAAUAUUUGCUUUGAACGCAAAGCGGUCUCGCUUUUGAUCUAGCUGAAAGAAAGCACCGAGCCUGUCUGAACACUUUAGUUUAUCGGCGCAGCGCUUUGGGAACGGAGUUGUUUGUGAAUCAGCCGUGCUUGGACGUCUAUCGCACACGGAUUUUAGCCGAGGAUUUAUAUGUAUUGAUCCCAAUACUGACCUCUCUCGGGUACAUGUGAAUUUUCUAUUGAUAUUUAAAAGAAGCUAUACAAUGUCUUCUGACUCUGCCGUCAACAUGACUGGCUCGCGACCAGCACCGCCUGGGCAGGAUUCGGAUUCUAGCGUCAGUUUUGACUCUACGAAGAUUCAAAGUUACUCGGCCAUUCCUAGAAAACCUUCGAGUAAAGAAUCCAUGGGAAAUAUCGAUGUUUACACCGACGAAAGUCAUAUAGCACCACUGGGAUUUGAGCCCGAGGGAAGUGCUACAAAGCCCACAUUUUGCGAAGGGAAUUCGUCGCUUUUGGACUUUAUUUCGGAUCGAAAUGGUUACUCAUUGUUUAGGAAAUAUCUACAGGAACAGAAUCAAGAGUCUUUACUCGACUUUUGGCAGGCGUGCGUGAAAUUCAAGCGCUUGGCAAACACGGGGUCAAAUUUAGCUACACCAACAGCUAACUCAAAUUAUAAUAACUACAUGCACUCAAAUCAUCUAUGCGCUGGCAUUUUACAAGACGUGAUUCGCGCCAAGGUGAAACACUCGCUUAGCACAAGACAGCCUUUGAGUGAGACCCUAUUCGACCACGCUCAAGAUUGUAUACUACAAUAUAUGAACGAUUUCCACUACGGGAAAUUCCUAUGUUCGGACAUCUACACGCAUUCAGAUGUUUCAAAGGCAAUCCUGUUGAAAGAUCGGGUUUCAAGCAAGAAUGUUCCUCGGUUUAUAAGCAAGGGAUUGCCUACUUUGCCAGAGGAAUCUGUCUACGAACAGCAUUCAGGGAAUUGGCCUUCUAUCGAUGUAAAUUCCAGAUCAGUAGGACGGUCAGUCGACGAACCUGACGGGUAUGUGCCAAUUAAUCUUAACCUAACCAAGGCUGCCUUAGCUGGAAUGUUUCAACAGCCAGCCCCACCAGUAGUUAGUGUGAAUCAUUCUGAUGUGCAAAGCCUGUCAAGUGAUGCCCUUACGGAUGACACAAAAUCUACAGUAACCGACUUCAGUGACUUGACUGCAAAGUCAAGUGAUAAAAGACAGACUUUUCAAGAUGGAUUUGUACCUAGAACGAAGAAACUUCCAAAGGCCAGAAAACAAUUGGCACCCGAAGAAUUCGCAAAGAUUUUGAUUGAAAAGUUGGAGAAGGUUGUUUUCGAACGAGAGCAGGCAGAGAGAACUGCUAUUAAUUUAGCAAGCUUGCCUUUUGAUCAUUUACGUGAGAACAAAAAAUCAAAAUCGAUUUUGGAAGAUGCUGCUGAGAGACACCAUCAGUACCAACAAUUUGGAAGGUUAGGAUUACUACCCCCAAAGUUCCAAGAACCAUGCUAUCCUAUUCAUCCGAACAGUAUACCCUCCUACGCUAUGCCUGGGUUUGUUGAACAUCAGGGAAUGUCCAGUUAUUACCCGGCAUCAGUGGAUGGUAGUCACAAUGGCAAUCCAACUUGGCAUAAGCCAGAACAUGCAGUGGAGAAAAGGCAAUGUGCUGCUGUGCCUUUGGGAAAUAAUAAAAAACAAUGGGAAAGUCUAGGAACUAUCGAGUCUGCCCCAGACAGUGGGGUUAGCAUUGAGGAAGAACUUGGUUUGCAUCCGGAUGCACGAAACAGAAUCUUGGAGUGGAUGGAACACAGUGAAAAAGAAGCCCAACUUUUACAACAGGAAAAUUUUAAUAAGCCAAGGACAAAGCAAUCAUAUAAUAAUCCUUCAGUAUCUGGCCCAAUGCACUUAGCACCGGUUGCCCAGGAUCCUCUGAUGCCACCCCUGGGGCCACCUGAUUCAAGGAAUACCAUUGAGGAAGUUCGGCGAAGACUGAAACAGAAAAAUGUUCGAGAAAAAAGAAAUAAAACAAGUAAAAAUAGAACUGGAUAUCUAAGUAGCAAAUCUUCUCACGGGACUUGUCCCCAGUUUUCGGGCGAUUUAAAUAAUGACUGUUCAACCGCUGUCGUUCCUGUGGAUGUUCAUCCAGCAGCAAUGUACAGCUCAUCGUCGGUUCUUUCGUCUAUCCCAUCAACGGUGAACAGUAAAGACAGCGGUCUCGGUCAUCCAUCAAAAAGUACCAAAACUCAAGAGGGUACCAAGGUUAUCUACUAUCUUGAUGGAGAGGAUUACCCGUAUCAAUCCACGCUGCAGGACAAAACUGUUCGCUUGAAACAAUUUAAGGAACUGAUUCCGUUCAAGAAGAGAAAUUAUAGGUAUUUCUUUAAAAACAGAACCGAAGAGGAAGAUUGUUGGGUGUAUGAAGAAAUUCUCGACGAUGAAGCGGUGUUACCGCGCCAUGGCAGCAAAAUAAUUUGCAAAGUACAUCAAUAAAAUAUAUAUUUAGUCAAAUAGUUAUUAAAAUACAGGAAGAAUGUUGGCUUGAAGAGAAGAAAGAGUGCGUUUGUAGAAUUUAAAUCAAGUCUGUCAAUACCUAACAUAAUUUCGCGAAGAAUUCAGCUAAGUUUUGAAUAAAUCUGGCCAACUGCAAAGUGGAACAGUGUAAACAUUGAUUAGAAAAGAAAAUUAAAAUAUGAAUGAAAAGAUUUAGAAAGAAGAAUUGGUUUGUCGGUCGCAUACAUUGCGAUGUUGGACGGUUUGGAUUUAAAUGCAUGUUAGGACGAAAAACAGAUGAAUUCAUUUUUUUGAUUCUUUAUACUUUAUAUUGGCUUUGUCAAAUACCAUGCGCUGAGAUCACAAAUCAGCGACUAUAAUCGUAGCGUCUUCGACCGACUUCGGGCAAUCUUCGACGCGCUGUUUCGUCUCUUCUUACCACAAAUCUGUACAUAGUUUUAUAUAUUGAAACAUGUAAAUUUACGGAAAAUAUUGUAUAGGUAUGCUUGUAAAUAAACAUUCACAAUGAUAAUAUUUUGAAAUAAAUAACACCAUUUUAU